GUAGUGUGUCCUCUCACUACGCUAGGCUCACAGCAUCAACCUGAGACCAGAUACAGUUAAUUAUCUACCAACACACACACACACACACACACACACACACACACAAAGACAAGGGUGCAUGAACUAACCAGAGUGACAGAAGAACCUUCCAUUGGACAGAAAAGAGACAGUCUAGAUGAAAAAGAGAGAUAAAGCGAGGUAGAGCUGAGGCUAGAGACAAGUAAAAGACAGAAACCUGGUCCCAACACACAGCAUGUGAUUGUGGAUCAGCAUCUGGACUAUAGAAAAACACAUGAAAAGAGGGAAGACUGGAUAUUCUCCUCAUUGACAAGACAAACACCAACAGCAAAAGAAGAACCAAUGAGACCGGCUUCCCUCACACAUGCCCUCCCUCUCUCGCCAACCAACAGACGGGCAUCACUGGCAUCAUGCCGGCUGCGUUGAAGUCAUCUCUGGAUGGGAGCAUGACAGAUUCAGGGGAGCUGGAGCAGGCGGCAACUCCCUGCUUUGGAAAAGUGCCCCGUGACCUACUCCAAAACUUUCCUCACACUAAGCGUGUGGGCAGUUACCUGGUGGGCAAAAUGAUCAACAAGGGCUCAUUCGCCAAGGUUAUGCUGGGCAUGCACAUCAGUACAGGAGAGAAGGUGGCGAUCAAGGUGAUAGAUAAGAAAAAGGCUCGUCAGGAUUCUUACGUUUUAAAAAACAUGAAGCGUGAACCCCGGAUUCAUCAGCUGAUCCACCACCCGAACAUCGUCUUGCUGCUGGAGACAUUGGAGACGGAGAACUGCUACUACAUGGCCAUGGAGCUAUGUGGAGGAGGAGACCUUAUGGAUCGAAUCUGUGAACGCAAACGGCUGGAGGAAAGAGAGGUCCGUAGGUACACCCGCCAGAUACUGUCUGCAGUGGAACACCUGCACCGGCACGGGAUAGUUCACAGGGACUUGAAGAUUGAGAACUUCCUGCUGGAUGAGCACAACAACAUUAAGAUAGUAGACUUUGGUCUGAGUAACACUCUGAAGACAGAUUCUCUCUCUCUGGAGCUGCUGAACACUCAGUGUGGCAGUCCUGCUUAUGCAGCUCCUGAACUGCUGGCCCACAGGAAAUACGGGCCUAAAGUGGAUGUGUGGUCUGUGGGUGUGAGCAUGUUUGCCAUGUUGACUGGCACUCUGCCAUUUACGGUGGAGCCUUUCAAUAUUAAGCAGCUUCAUCUGAAAAUGGUGAAUGGAGAAAUCAGUGCGAUACCAUCAGACAUCAGCAAAGCGGCUGUACAGUUUGUCUUGUCUCUCCUGGAGCCAGAACCAGCAAAAAGGCCAACAAUAAAAGCAGCAAUGGAGGAUAAAUGGUUGAAUGAGGGUUAUGCCAAAAGACCCCUUCAUACUGUCACUCAUAAAAACAGGCUGUGUCCUGAGGAUCUGAAUACAGCAGUGUUAAACUACAUGACUGAAUCUCUAGGUUACAGUCUGUCUGAUAUCAUCCACACUGUUAUCAGUAACAAGCCAUCAACCAUUUUGGCUUGCUACCAUCUACUGCUGAAAAAACUCUCUAGGCAUCAGAAAGUAGUGAGGACCAUGAAGAGAGAAGAGAACAGUGAAUGGAAUCUUCAGAACAAGGGCUUGUCAAGAGGGAGAAGCAACGCAAGUGCAAAGAGUCAGCAGCAGUGUCCUCAGAGUGAUGCAGCCAAUGAGAGGAUCUCAAGGCAGGUCAGUAGGACCCAGAGGAGCCAGUCACAGGACAGAGAAGUCCAGAGUGGCAUGAAAAGAACAGCGGAGACCAUCAGACCAAAGCAGCCAAGUCUAGUGGACAGAGCAGAGUCCCCCUCCUCCCUGCCCGUGGAUACAGCUAAUGAGAUUGCCAUACUGGUCGAGACACAAGAUGGGCUGAUUCCGAAGGUCUUAACUUCUGGUGAGAAGGAGAUGCUUUGUGUCUCACCGCCUAAGUGUUCCUGCAGAGAGAGGAGUGGCACCAAACUCUGUGACUCCGCCCCUUGUGAUGCCACUGUAACGAUAGACACCUCUAGAGACUCCCAGACAAUGAAAACAUCAAUCAAACCACAUGAUCUGAGACCGGCUUACUCUGACAAAUAUCAAGCGCUGGAAUAUGAACAUCAGCCUGAUGAAAGGUUAGAGAAGUUGCAGACGUUCUAUUCCGAGAAAGGGGCUUCUCCCAGAACGGGACAACACUUUAAGGAUGUAUUACUGGCCAUUGAAGAGAAAACCUUCAAUGCUCGCCAACUCAGCGCCAUGGAGAGCUCAACACAAACCUCCCCUUUACCUCGACUACGUCACACUGGAACGCUGAAGGAAGCAACGCCUAGAAAAGUCACUUGGGUCGGUCUUACGCGCCACACAACGCCUGACACAGGCUUCUCGCCUUUCAUAGUAAAUGGGUCCAAACCGCUAUUGUUUCCAUCUCAGAGACAACAAGCUCUCGUCAUUAAAAACCUGAGACAUGCAAAGGAGAAGAGGAACACAGGGACGGGAGGGGGAGGAGGGAUUGGUAUCCCCAGUAAUACAGCGAAGAGAAACUCUGUUCAGUUGCGAACAGCUAUACAGCGCAGAGUCACAGACCUCAACUUACCAAUGCUUCCGUCUGCUUUACUAAACAAAUCUGACAAAAAGACAGAAAUACUCAGAAUGGAUUUCGGGUGAUAUUUGAGGAGCUGAGGCCUUCCCAAAGGGAGUAUGCUGGGUUCAAUACAAGUCAGAUUCAGUCAACUGCAUUUGAGGCAUAAUGCUGAUUACCACAAAACAAAUCAUUUUGAUUCAUCCCUCAUUUAAAGGAAGACACUACAGGCAAAAACCAUAGUUUUUUUUAUGCACUGGGCAAUUUUGCAUCCCUACCAUGUCAGACUAGUGGAAAGAAAGCAUUCAAAAUACAAUACAUAAAUACAGUGUUUAUAUUACUACACUCAGUUUGCAUCUGUAGAUUUCAAUGACAAUACGUAUCUUUUUAAAAAUGUUUUAUUUACAUUUUAUUUAUAAUGUGAUGUUUUCUCACACCCAAAUCACUACAACAGAGUAAAAAGACACGUAAAAUACAAAUAAUACAGUAUAUAAUACAAAAUAAGACAAUAUAAAACAAAACAAUACCCUAAUCAGCAGCUGACACUUAAUCAUGGCCAUGUUUAAAGGUCAUUUUCGCAAAAUGUAUCAAUUUCAGUAAACCCAACAACUUUUCAGUUUUAUUCCUGUCUAUAUUCUGAAGGUUUCUGCAGAGAAGUUUGUUCAUAUAUCAUC